AUGUUCAUUAUUAAACAACCAUUGACAAAAUAUUUACCUGUGGUUGUUGAUGUGACAAGUGGUAAUUUGAAAGUGAAUAGUACUUAUGAAGAAGUCAAGAAUGAAACUCCAUUUACCUUCCAAGUAACUGUCAUGAAUGCAGUUGAAUCAUUGAAUAUAUCUGAUGAAGCAGUGGUCACUAUUUUAAUCAAUGAAAGGUAUUCUGAUCAGAAGACAGAAACAGGGAGCGCUGUUUUCGAGAGGGCCUUCAUAAAUCCACCAACGAAUAUUGAUGUGAAAUUUUAUCGAAAAUAUCCUACAGAUAAUCCAAAUUACUGUCUUUAUGAUGAAUGGUUUAUUGAUAUGGUGAUGAUAUUACCACCAGGAAAUCACAAUUUAUUGAUCAAUUUAUUUGGUCCAUCAUUCAAUAAACUGUAUUAUGGAUACAUUGAAUAUUUAUUUGUUUAUUAUAAUGGUACAAAUAUAAUGAAUAAUUAUUCAAUUCAGUUUAGUAAUUUCAUAUAUUUAGGGAAUAAUUCUAUGCCUGCAGUGUACACAAUGUUGGCUCAGUUUAGCGUUUCAUCUUUUCCCUCUAAUAAUACGGAAGAUUUCAGUAUCAAGAUGAGAUUCAAAGUUGGUCUUUCUCGGGAAAAGCCGAUUCUUCCUACAGUAACUCCGAAGAUUACUAUGGAAAUUUCCAUGAUAGUCACUACAACUUGUCCAAUACAAUCCGACCUCAUCACUUUCGUAAAUUGCCCUGCAGUAGUGUAUAUCGGUGGAGUCUAUGAAUAUACGAUGGAUUAUUUUAUAAGUAGACCUUUUGGAGAUUACAUAUUCACUUUUAGUACAGAUGAAUAUAGUGCAUCUAUUGGCCAUAUAUCAUUGACGCUACCUCCAACAUUCUCAGCAUUUCCAGAAGAUUACAAAAUCAAUACAGAACAACUAGUUACUUCGAAAUUUAUAAUGACGACGAUUGGUUAUGUGAACGUGACAAAUCUACAAAAUUUUGGAGUUUAUGACAAAACUUUGCCAGCAUCCAAUCGCUCAGUUCGUCUAACAGCUUUUGUAAUUAUCUUCAGAACAACUUUACCAUCCAUAAAAUUUGAAGCAAAGAUGUCACUGGCGGGAACGUCUUCUACAGUAAACUACUGUGAGACUACUGUUGAUACGUAUACAGCUCACGUUAUGGCGGGAAAUAACUUUAUGACAAUAACAGAAACUCCAAUGAAAUACGAACCUGAAAAGGUGCAAUUCCUCACAGUUCAAGUUACUGUAACACCAUUCACACAGGGAGUAUAUGCAUUUCGAAUAAGUAAUCAAGGCAAAUUAAUUGCUGAACCGAGUUUCGUGGAUUAUUUGAUAACAGCGAACAAUACAAUAAAGAAAGUCAGAUUAAUAACAGAAUACACACUAUCAAGCGGAAUGAUCAAGGGAAGCAAUACCGUGAUCGGUGUAUUUACAAAUUUUAAUUCAAGGAGUGUUACUUAUAAUUUUCGAAUUGGAAUAAAAUUGUGUUACAGUAAAACUUACGUUCAGGGUGAUGUAGCGCAAAUACAACUCAUAUUUUACACAUCUUUAAAAACUCUAAACACAACCAGCAUAACACUCCCAAAUACGUCUAUGGCGAAUCCACCAUCUACUACUCCAUCCGCAAAAUCUGCUAUACUUAUUGUUGAAAAAAUUGAACCAAGAAAUUCCCCGCCAAUGGUAAAUUUUAGUUUCAUUAUAGAAAUGAGAGCGAAAUUUGUUAAAGACUUUCUUUACAUGCCAGUAAUAUUUCAGUUGAAAGUGAACUCAAGUGAAGUGUACAUAAUUAGACAAAAAAUUCAAACGAUUGGGUAUUUAUUAGACACUGUGGUGCCCAUUCCAUAUAGCGCUUCUGUGAAACC